AUGAUUCCUGUUCUUCCUUAUCACUUUCUCAACUCUCCUGUGGUGCAGCAUGAAGCAUCGCCAGCAUUCGUUGCAGAUGUCAUUGUCCAAUUCUCAAAGCAAGUGAUGCGUCCAAGAGUCAUGCUACCAUUGCUCGCAGUCAUCAUACUACUAUUUGACCUCGAUGACGCUUUCGAUAUGGAUGACGAGUUUUUCUUAGAAGACGAGCAAGACGCAAGAGACGAACAAGAUAACUAA